AUGGGCUGCUUUUGGGGGGCAGAGAGGAAAUUUUGGAGGCAGAAAGGAGUCUACUCAACUCAGGUUGGGUAUGCAGGAGGACACACCCCACACCCCACAUACCAAGAAGUUUGUUCAGGGAGAACCGGCCACGCGGAAGUCGUGCGAGUAGUAUUUCAUGCAGAAGCCAUCAGCUAUGAGAAACUGCUCAAGGUCUUCUGGGAGAAUCAUGACCCGACACAAGGGAUGCGUCAGGGAAAUGAUGUCGGCACCCAGUAUCGAUCCGCCAUCUAUACUUUCUCCCCGGAACAGAUGGGGGCGGCCCUGAGAUCUCGAGAUGAGUACCAAAAGGUACUGACGGAAAAGGGCUUUGGAACCAUCACCACUGAAAUCCGUGAGGCGCCUGAAUUCUACUAUGCUGAAGAAUAUCAUCAGCAGUAUCUCAGCAAGAACCCCAAUGGCUACUGUGGACUUGGAGGCACAGGAGUAUCCUGCCCCAUCGGUGUUAAAAAUUGAGCUCCCGUUUGUGCGACAACACUGGCUUCUUAAAACCAAAUGUCGAUGGCGCACACUUUGGAUCUCUACUGCUGUUUGAUUGCAGUGAUCAGUGUCCUUUUCUCCUGAGUAGGAAGCUGGCAGUUUAGAAGACUUCUCCACACAUGAGUACCUUCAUAUGAUUGCCCCAAGCAUUGUGCUUACACGGGUUGUAAAGAUGCCCUUCUGUUCUCUCCCCGUUUCUGAUCAAAUCCCUUUUACUCUGAUAAGAACAUCAAUGACGUCUUGGAGGUCUCCGUGUUGUUCUUCGGUUGUGGGAGUAGCCCUCUCACAUGGAUGAGCAAAAGAGACAUUGAUUUUUCUCAACCUGAGUGUUGGUCAUGAUCGGUAAGAAGAAUUAAUCAAAUAGAAUGUAAUAAAAGGCUUCAUGCUGCUAAUGAAAAAGA